ACUAUGCGACAUAGUUAUCGGGCGGCGUGCCUAGCGUUGUGUUUCUACGUUGAUAUUGAGUGAUUUGUACUGUUUAGAAAUGGCACCUGUAAAUCCACAUUUUAAAGGUACAGCUUCAUUUAAAGGUAGAAACACGAAGAGGAAUUAUGCAGAUAGUUAUCCGUCAGCUGUGAAUAAAAAGAAAACAUGGAAUCCGGCAAACAAGGUUUUCCAGGGCAGUUUACAGGAGGGUAAGGGCUUUGCCUUCCAGAGGAAGCAAAAAGUACAACAAGAAUACAAGAAAAUUCUGCGAAAAGAGAAAUGGAGAAUGAAAGAUAGUAAGCCGAAGCUGGAAGAGGAAUACCCCGAGCAUCUGAGGCACCUCUACUUGGCCGAACAGCAGAGACUGAACGAAGAAGAGCAACUGAACAAGGAGCGCAGGAGGAAAGGAAGAAGCGUUGAUGCAGGAGAAGAAGAAGAGUCUGUCUUUCCUAGCUCUGUCACAAUGAUUUCUGAGACAGGAAGCCCCGAGAAAUCAACUGCUUCUUUGAUUGACGGACCACAGACAUCGCAAAUUGAGAGUUCUGGUCAGGACCAACUGAGGAAAAAGAAAUGGAAGAAAAUGUCUUCCAACCAGAAGAUGAUCGAGGAGUAUAAGAAGAAAAAAGAGGAGCGAGAACAGAAAAGAGAGGAAUACUUGAAAGACAAAGCGCAGAGAGAAGAGGCUCUGAAGAGGUACAAGGAAAAGAAAAUUGCGACAUAUCAGUUGCUGAAGAAGAAGACCAAAAAAGGUCAACCCAACCUGAAUCUGCAGAUGGAGCUACUGCUUCAGAAAAUCCAGGCUCAGCAGAAAUAACCAGAAUGCCUGCAACCUGCUGUUUAAAAACCUAAAGUGCAAUUUAUGACUUUUUCAGACAGUGAGAUACACCUGGAAGUGUGUUUAUACUACAAAGAGACUGAAACAGAGUAAUAUGUACUUGUACAUUACUCUGUCUGUGAUGGUUAUGGUCAGCAGAUGGCGCUGUUUGGUGUGUUUAUAAACUGGUUAAAUUUUUACAGAAACCUUUAUUUUGUAGUUUAUUAUAAUUUUUGAUCUCAGAUUUAAUGAGAUCAAACUUUAAUGUAAAUGGAGGCUAUUUGUGCCAUAUUUAUCUUUUUGGAAAUAAAACUACUGUCACCA